GCGUCUCCCCCCCCCCCCCCAGGUAAAAUCCUGACCGACGACUUUGCAGACAAGGAGGGCUUGGAGAUGGGCGACGAGUACUUUGCCAACCUGGACCACAUUGAGAGCGUGGAGAAGUACAAGGAGGGCUACGAGAGCGAUGCCAAGUGCUCGUCAGACAGCAGCGGUGUGGACCUGAAGGACGAGCAUGACCCCAGUGGCACUGAGGCGGAGGAUUCCAGUUCGGACAGCUCCGACCAGAACUUUGGCGGCAACGACGACGCCUACGUGCCCAGCUCGGUGUGGCGCAGCUACGUCACCCGCACCAAGAGCCGCGAGCAGAAGGAGAACGGUUCGGAGGCCGGGCUGCCCCGCCAGGAGGAGCCCACUCCAGCCCCCGGGGCUGUGCCCCCCACCCCGGGCCCAGCCCCCCCCUGCAAGCUGCCCGUCACCGAGGAGACGGCCAAGCACAAAGUGGCCUCUUGGCUCAGCGCCCUGCGGGUGGCUGACUCCCCCGUGGACUCCUCCAGCCACUCCCCCUUCAGGCCAGCGGACGCCUCAGCGGGCGAGGCCAAGCCGGUCAAGGACGAGGGGCCCAAAGAGGAGGGCGGGCCGCCCAAGGAGGAGGAGGAAGGCGGGCCGGAGGAGGACGAGAAGACCAAACCCAUCGAGGUGGACGCCAAGCCGCUGGGCAAGCAGGAGGCGGAGAAGAAAGAUCCCAAGGUGGAGUCAGCCGAGGUGGUCACCAUUAAGAAUCCCGAAGCACCGCCACAUCUGAAAAUAUCCUCGCCGUUCGACAACACGUGCCGCAACUUCGGCUACAACCCGCGGCCGGCCCGAAGCGAGGGGAUCCGCCGUCCCGUCAGCAAGACCACCCUGCAUCAGGCGCGCCGCAACUCUGCCCCCGCCCCUGUGGCCAAAGACGAGGUGAUGACGUUGUCGAGCAGCUCUGACACUGAGAUGGAGACAGGCACACAGACCAGUGCGAGCCGGAAGCCGGUGCAGGGUCAGACCCCAGCUGCCGCCGCUGCCAAUGACAGCGACGACGUUCAGACCAUCUCCUCGGGUUCCGACGAGGCCUACAGCGCAGACAAGAAAGACGAGAGCGAUCCGAAGGACACCGGUACCUCACCGCUCCCCGCCAACCCCCAUCUCAAAACUCAAAAGCUACCUUUUACGUCGCAGCCUUCACCGUUUUCCCCAGUGCUCAGCAGGCGGUGGAAUCCCACGCCUGACCGAGAUCCGAAAUAGCAGGAGGAGGCCGUUCGGCCCCUCGUGCCUGCUCCACGAUGUGCUAGGAUCGUGGCGAAUCUGACAUCCCUCACGUCCACUUUCCUGCCCCCUCCUCCUCCUCCGUUCCCUGUCGGAUUUGAGAGUCUCACUUUACACAGACACGAGGACUCGGCCCCUCACAAGGAGUUGCAGAGACUCCCAACCCCCUGAGAGACGCAAUUCCCCCUCC